GUUGACAGUAAUCUUCUGCCAGUUAAUUAAUGCUAGCAUCCACUUGGUACCUGACGUAAAAUUAUUACCUGUUUCAUUCCUGACUCUGUAAUUUUUUAAUGGAGUUUGGCUGGCUGUCAAAUUGUGGUAGAAAACUCAUAAGGAGGACAGUACAGGGGCUAAUCAGACGUUGUUUGGACCAGGUUUCAAUCACUGUGGAAACAUGUUGCUGUUCUAAAAAUCUGUAGUUUCCCUUUUCUCUCUUAAAGAUUAGUAGCCUGGGGAAAAAUGGGAGGAAAUAUGAAAAAUGUCCUUGUUGUCUCUUUUGGAUUUUUGCUGCUCUUCACUGCAUAUGGAGGACUUCAAAGUUUACAGAGCAGCCUUAAUGCCAGUGAAGGGAUGGGUGUAGCAUCUCUGAGUGUCAUCUAUGCGUCUAUCAUCCUGUCUUCAAUGUUCUUACCACCCAUUCUUAUUAAGAAUUUGGGCUGCAAACGGACCAUUGUUGCAUCCAUGGGUUGCUAUGUGGCAUAUUCAUUCGGCAACAUCUACCCGGGCUGGCCUACCAUGAUCAUCACUUCUGUGAUUUUGGGGUUAGGAGCCUCUCCUUUGUGGUCUGCAAAGUGUACUUACCUCACUAUAAGUGGCAACAUGCAGGCUGAAAAGGACAACAAGAGAGGUCCCGAUGUUGUCAACCAAUACUUUGGGAUCUUCUUUUUAAUAUUUCAGUCAUCUGCAGUGUGGGGAAACCUCAUGUCUUCUCUUAUCUUUGGGAAAGAUACAGAAAUUGCUGAAAUACCUAAAGAAGACCUGAAGUUCUGUGGAGCAGGCAGCUGUGAGUAUAGUGGUGCAGCUGCAGGAAACUCAACAAGGCCUCCAGACACGUUAGUCUAUACUCUUCUGGGCAGUUACAUAGGUAUUGGAGUCCUGGCUAUGAUCUUUGUGGCAGUUUUCCUGGACAACCUUGACAGAGAUGCAGCUCGUGAACUCAGGGACAACAGAGAUCCAUUUUGGACAGUUUUCCUGGCCACUUUCAAACACCUCUCUGACAAACGACAGAUUCUGCUCAUCCCUCUGACAAUGUACAGUGGUUUUGAGCAGGGCUUCCUUGCAGGAGAUUACACCAAAUACUAUGUCACCUGUGCAUUGGGAAUACAUUUUGUUGGUUUUGUGAUGAUCUGCUUUGGUGCAACAAAUUCAUUAUGUUCCUAUGCCUUUGGAAAGCUGGCACAGUAUACAGGAAGAGCAGCCUUAUUUGGCUUGGCAGCCGUGUCAAAUUUUAGCUGUAUAAUAGCCCUGCUCUUGUGGAAACCUCAUCCAGACCAGCUAGCAGUCUUCUUUGUAUUUCCUGCUCUUUGGGGAAUGGCAGAUGCUGUGUGGCAGACACAAACCAAUGCCCUGUAUGGAAUUCUCUUUCAUGAACACAAGGAGGCAGCAUUUGCCAAUUAUCGACUCUGGGAGUCGGUGGGAUUUGUGAUCGCUUUUGCUUACAGCAACUUAAUCUGUUUGGACAUUAAACUGUAUGUCUUGAUAGGAGUUCUGGUUGUUUCAGUGGCACUCUACGGGUUGGUGGAAUACAAAGAGUACAAGAGAAGACAAUGUGUCAAAGAAAGUGCCAGAGAAGCUGAUCAUUUCUGAAACUAAAUUUUAGCAAACUAUUUUGUGUUAACGUUACUUUUUGGUAAUGGAUUAUUACUUUUAUGGUAAUGGAUAAUUACUUUUAUUUUUAUAAGCAUGCAGUAACACACAGAUGGUGAAUUUAAAAAAAAUCAUAGUUGUUAGUCUUCUUUCUUUCAAAGAAUUAAAAGUCUCCAUCAUCAUACUCAGUUUUGUCAUUGCUGCAGUAUUGCAGACUUCAACUAAUAUAUAUUUUGUUGUACCUGAAGACUAUUUUAUGACAUUUUCUUAUCAUUAUGCUUUCUGUUAUAAACUUCAAGUCAAUUUCAAGAAAUGCUUUUUGAUGUCAUAUUGUUAUAUAUUGAAUCUAGAUACAAUGGGGAACACCUCGUUAUUGUAAAUAUUUCCAGUUUCAAAUCAAAGGGAAAUUUGCUGAGAUGUAGUUGUCCCAGAUUCAGUGGUCAAAGCAAUCAUAAAGUUUACCUUGGUUUACAGUACCUUAGUUAAUUAAGUUCUGAUUAAACACUAGAACUACUAUUGGGGUCAAUUUGCCACAGAAAUAAUGUAAAAUGUCAGUUUUUGUUUAAAAUACAUAAAUGCCUGUUUGUGAUUUUUCCUAAAAUUGUGACUCUUAGAUAUACAAUUUGAGCCUAUAUUUUCAAAACGGCAUGCAAAUACAUUAUUCUGUGGCAGCAAAACACUAGUGGCCAGUGCAUGUAUUUUAUAACAUCCUGAAUCUGGCUGGGAUAAAUACAGGUUCUUUAAAGCAAGGACAUUUCACAGUGCCAUCAGAAACUGUGUGAAGGUCCAACUUCAUUGAAUAUUUUAGUAUUUUUUUUAUUUUAUAUGAGAUGUUUUCCUGUGUAUUAAAAACAUAAAUAGCAAAGUUUGAAUACAAUCAAUGUUUUGCAUUAUAAGUUUUAAAUUUGUAUUUUAGCAACAUUGUAACUCUUUAAAAUGAUCAUUUUGAUCAUUUCUUUAAUGUACAGGCAGGUCUGUUUGGUGUUAUUUGGUCUAAAUAAAUAAACAAUAAAAUAUAUCUGUUCCCCAAUCUGAGUGAUACAUUGAAGUAGUUCAGCUGAGUCAGCAUGUGUAGGCUGCAAAGGAACAAGUAAUGAGUGUCACACCUGAACAAGGCUCCACAGCCGUAAUGUUGUGUUUUCUUUCUUCUCUUUUCAGUAUGAAAUAAACCUAUUACUUGUUCCUGCGUGAUACAUUGUUACAUAAAUAUUGUUAUCAGUAGUUCUACGGAUGGUUAAAAUUUCAGUAGUUUUAAUAUUAAGUAUUAAAUAUUAAGUGUCCAUAAGCAUUGCAGGAAAAGGGGAGAAAACAAGGAAAAAAAGAAAGAGAGACAACUAGAGAGGACAGAGAAAGAGGUGACAUAAUGCUAGAGCUCCUUGUUUUAAUCUGGAAAGACCAGAUUGGUGCUAUGUAUUUGAAA